UUUGGCCGGUGAUAAUGAAGUCUAUCUUGAGGGGUACUUACUUGUAAUUACAGUGAACCAAUAGCCAGUGGUGGAAAAAGUACCCAGCUGUCAUACUUGAGUAAAAGUAAAGAUACCUUAAUAGAAAGUCACCCAGUAAAAUGCUCCUUGAGUAAAAGUCUAAAAGUAUUUGGUUUUAAAUAUACUUAAGUUGCAAAAGUCAAUGCAUUAAUAAUUUCAGAUUCCUUAUAUUAAGCAAACCAGAUGGCACAAUUUGAAAAAUAUAUUAUGGAUGGCCAAUGGGCACACUCCAACAUUCAGACAUAAUUGACAUCCCUACCUCCUCUGACCAGGGUUGUUCUCUUGGUAACUGUGUGAAUUGGACCAUUUUCCUGUCCUGCUAAGCAUUCCAACUGUAAUGAGUACUUUUGGGUGUCAUGGAAAAUGUAUUGAGUAAAAAGUACAUGAUUGUCUUUAGAACAGGAGUCGAGGAGGUCCGUGUGCAAAAUGUGGACAUGAUAGAUUACCGCGGGGGGGAAAAAGUGUUAUAGAUAAGAUAAAAACGUCAAGACAGAAGAGAGAAAGGCCAACUCCAAUUAUGUCUGAGGCCGGUAACAUCAAAAGUGAGGACAAACCCAAUCUACAGUCACUGGGUCCUGAUUGUGACAGUGGAGCCCAGUUUGUACUGCAGGAUCCAGAAAUGGCAUCAGUGAAGCUGGAAGACUGCAGUCAAACACUGGAGCUGAAUGUCAACAUUAAAGAUGAAGAAGAGGAGGAGAAGAUUGGGAAAUCUGUUUAUGAUGGAGACCAUGUUGAGACAUUCUCUACAUCCAGAGAGCAACAGCAGGAAGAUCACAGAGCUAAGAGGUCUUAUCCCUGCCCGCAUUGUGAGGAGAUUUUCCCAAUUCUAUCAAAGCUAAAAAUACACCUACAAAUACACACAGGGGAGAAUCUGUAUUCCUGCACUGACUGUGGGAAGAGUUUCACAACAUCACAGGCUCUGACAGUUCAUCGACGAGUGCACACUGGAGAAAAACCUUACUCCUGCUCUGACUGUGGGGAGAGUUUCUCGCAUCAGAGCAACUUAAAAACACACCAACGUAUACAUACAGGAGAGAAGCCUUACUCCUGCUCUGACUGUGGGGAGAGUUUCUCUCAACAGAGCAGCUUAAAAACACACCAACGUAUGCACACAGGAGAGAAGCCUUACUCCUGCUCUGACUGUGGGAACAGUUUCACCUCAUCAAGCAGCUUAAAAAAACACCAACGUGUACACACAGGAGAGAAGCCUUACUCCUGCUCUGACUGUGGGGCGAUUUUCUCUCAGCAGAGCAGCUUAAAGUCACACCAACUUAUACAUACAGGAGAGAAGCAUUACUUCUGCUCUGACUGUGGAAAAUGUUUCACAAGAUCAGUUGAGCUAAGAGUUCAUCGGAGAACACACACAGGAGAGAAGCCUUACUGCUGCUCUGACUGUGGGAAGAGUUUCUCUCAACAGGGCCACUUAAUAUGUCACCAGCGAAUACACACAGGAGAGAAGCCUUACUACUGCUCUGAAUGUGGGAUGAACUUUUUUCAACAGAGCGGCUUAAAGUCACACCAACGAAUACACACAGGAGAGAAGCCUUACGCGUGCUCUGACUGUGGGAAGAGUUUUUCAAAUCAGAGCAACUUAAAAACACACCAACGUAUACAUAAAGGAGAGAAGCCUUACUCCUGCUCUGACUGUGGGAAGUGCUUCACAACAUCAACUGAGCUAAAAGUUCAUCAAAGAAGACACACAGGAGAGAAGCCUUAUUUCUGCUCUGACUGUGGGAAGAGUUUCACCCGAUUGGCUACCUUAAAAACACAUCAAUGUAUACAUAAAGGAGAGAAGCCUCAUCACUUCUCUCAGACCAGCUAAGAUUAAAGUCACUCCAUCAAUUAAUCCUCAUGUCAUAAAAGAAGUGGUAACAGUGAAUUUGAUAACAUUAAGAAAGAGUAACACUACUGUAAUCAUAUUGUUUCUCACUGCGAGGGAACUGUGAAGAGGAAAGAGUGCGUUUAUAGAAUCAUGUCAUUGGAAAGUCCAUCCUUUUUUUUAAUGAGCCAUUUGCACAUGUGUUGAUGUUGUGGUGGUGCUGGAGAUGAUGAAUAUGAAGAAAUGUCCCUUUAGGACAAACCAAAAGGAGGGUGGAUAGAUGGGUCUGCAUAUAACAUGAACGUCUUGCAACCCAAAGGCAUAUAACAUGAACGUAUUGCAACCCAAAGGCAUAUAACAUGAACGUCUUGCAACCCAAAGGCAUAUAACAUGAACGUCUUGCAACCCAAAGGCAUAUAACAUGAACGUCUUGCAACCCAAAGGCAUAUAACAUGAACGUAUUGCAACCCAAAGGCAUAUAACAUGAACGUCUUGCAACCCAAAGGCAUAUAACAUGAACGUAUUGCAACCCAAAGGCAUAUAACAUGAACGUCUUGCAACCCAAAGGCAUAUAACAUGAACGUAUUGCAACCCAAAGGCAUAUAACAUGAACGUCUUGCAACCCAAAGGUUUCAUGUUCGAAUCUCAUCAUGGACAACUUUUGCAUUUGAACUAAUAAGCACCUUUUCCAACUACACUACAUGGACAAAAGUAUGUGGGCACCUGCUCGUGGAACAUCUCAUUCCAAAAUCAUGGCCCUUAAUAUGGACCUGGUCCCCCUUUUGCUGCUAUAACAGCCCCCACUCUUCUGGGAAGGCUUUCCACUAGAUGUUUGAACAUUGCUGCUAUAACAGCCCCCACUCUCCUGGGAAGGCUUUCCACUAGAAGUUGUAACAUUGCUACGGGAACGUGCUUCCAUUCAGACGCAUUAGUGAGGUUGGGCACUGAUGUUGGGCGAUUAGGCCUGGCUCGCAGUCGAUAUUCCAAUUCAUCCCAAAGGUGUUCGAUGGGGUUGAGAUCAGGGCUCUGUGCAGGCCAGUCAAGUUCUUUCAAACCGUUUUUUGACACACCAUUUCUGUAUGGACGUCUAUUUGUGCUCGGGGGCAUUGUCACGCUGAAACAGGAAAGGGCCUUCCCCAAACUGGUGCCACAAAGUUGGCAGCACAGAAUCAUCUAUAAUGUCAUUGCACGUUAAGAUUUCCCUUCACUGGAACUAUGGAGCCUAGCCCGAACCAUGAAAAACAGCCCCACACCAUUAUUCCUCCACCAAACUUUACAGUUGCCACUAUGCAUUGGGGCAGGUAGCGUUUGCCUGGCAUUCACCAAACACAGAUUUUUCUGUGGGACUGCCAGAUGAUGAAGAGUGAUUCAUCACUCCAGACAACACGUUUACACUGCUUCAGAGUCCAAUAGCGGCGAGCUUUACACCCCUCCAGCCAAUGCUUGGCAUUGCGCAUGGUGAUCUUAGUCUUGUGUGCGGCUACUCGGCCAUGGAAACCCAUUUCAUGAAGCUCCCGAUGAACAGUUCUUCUGUUGCUUCCAGAAGCAGUUUGGAACUCGAUAGGACAGGCGAUUUUUACGUGCUAAGCGCUUCCGCUCUCGGUGGUCCCGUUUUUUGAGCUUGUGUGGCUUACCACUUCGUGGUUGAGCCAUUCUUGCUCCUAGAUGUUUUCAUAAUAACAGCACUUACAGUUUAACAGGGCAGCUCUAGCAAGGAAGAAACAUGACGAACUGACUUGUUGGAAAAGUGGCAUCCUAUGACGGUGCCACAUUGAAAGUCACUGAGCUCUUCAGUAUCAGUAAGGCCAUUCUACUUCCAAUGUUUGUCUAUGGAGAUUGCAUGGCCGUGUGCUCGAUUUUAUACUCCUGUCAGCAACAGGUGUGGCUGAAGUAGCCAAAUCCACUAUUUUGUGUGUAUAUAUAGUGUACUUAGCAUGUUAAUUAAUGUUAGCAACAACAAAAUGGAAUUUGUAAAAUAUCAUACGUAUCGCAAAUUCGUAACAUAUUGUACGAAUUGUAAUUCAUACAUCUUAGAAAUCGUAUUACAUUCAUAGGCCAAUGUAACAUAACAUACUAAAUUGAGUGGUAUGGUUUUGCUCUGACACCAAGUUGUCCCUCUGCAGUUCUCUGUUGGGAAUGAGCUAGUAGACACAUGUAUCAGAUAGAGAUGGUGUGAUGAUCAGUUCUCUGUUGGGAAUGAGCUGGUAGACAACAUGUAUCAGAUAGAGAUGGUGUGAUGAUCAGUUCUCUGUUGGGAAUGAGCUAGUAGACACAUGUAUCAGAUAGAGAUGGUGUGAUGAUCAGUUCUCUGUUGGGAAUGAGCUGGUAGACAACAUGUAUCAGAUAGAGAUGGUGUGAUGAUCAGUUCUCUGUUGGGAAUGAGCUAGUAGACAACAUGUAUCAGAUAGAGAUGGUGUGAUGAUCAGUUCUCUGUUGGGAAUGAGCUGGUAGACAACAUGUAUCAGAUAGAGAUGGUGUGAUGAUCAGUUCUCUGUUGGGAAUGAGCUAGUAGACACAUGUAUCAGAUAGAGAUGGUGUGAUGAUCAGUUCUCUGUUGGGAAUGAGCUAGUAGACACAUGUAUCCGAUAGAGAUGGUGUGAUGAUCCGUUUUCUGUGGGAAUGAGCUGGUAGACACAUGUAUCAGAUAGAGAUGGUGUGAUGAUCAGUUUUCACCAUUACUUUGGGUGGAUUAUUUUUUACUACAUAAUGACUUUUGUUUAAUGAUACACAGGCUAUGAAAUGACUUCCCUGUUUAUUAAAUUGUCUUUUAAAACUAGAUUCAUUAUUAUAGUAAUUGAUAAUUAAUACAUUUGGAUAACUGUAAUGAACUUAAUUUAUCUGCUAAUGAAAAAUAAACAUUCUACAUGAUUUUGUGCUGGUCAACCUUUGUUUUUUGGGUUAUCUAUACAGAAAAUACAAUGUUAAUUUCUAAUUGACAUGUUUAUCUACUCAAAACAUGUCACUACACCUUUACACAUCACCAUGGGGACAAGCCAAAUGGCUAGCCACCAGUAAUUGCUACAAUGCACACAAAUAGAUGUUUUGCAGUAGAAAAUACUUAAAUGUUUCUUAUUAAAUAACAGUUCAAUAAAAAUGAUAUUGUGCAAUGAAA